UUUUUUUUUUUUAGCUUGUGAUGUGAUCCAGGCCCAUGUCUUGGAACCAGUCCACAGCAAAUUUGGAAAAAGAAUCCAGAAAUGUCUGGAGAACGAUGGACAACAUAUAGAACACAUAUUGCAACAUUUAGUGCAAUAAACACAUAAUGAGCUCAGUUCCCUUUGUAUCCAGACUUUUGACUCACCCUGCAUGUGAUAUGGAAGGGACAUUUUUAUGUUUAAUCUCAUCCUUUCCAAGUUAGGAAUUUUCCAGCUCUCUCUUAGCUUAAUGAUCUUUCUGCUUGAGGAAAAGUAACAUAAAAAAUGGAAGUGACAUUUUCUUCUUGUUUUCCAAUUGGUGGACAUGGUAGGGAGUAGCCUAAGCACAUAGGAUGAAUUAUCAGGUUCUUUGGGGGCUUACCACUGACGUAUUUAUUUUCUUAUUUCAAAAAUGUUUUAUUAUUAUUAUUCUCCUUUCACUUGUGUGAGCUGUUAUAUUUUGAUGUGCCAUCCCUUUUUCCAUGUUUCUGAUACAGGUUCCAUCUUUUCCUGAUUUCUUAAUUGUGUAAUCUUUUGUGUCCCUUGUUUUAGUUUUCAUUUCUUCUCCCUUUUUUUCUCUUAACCUUCCUACAUUUAAAUACAGAAGCAUAAUUAGGCAGAAGUACAGCAUUCAAUUUUUGUACAAUUGCAAUUUGUGUCUUCAGGUUUAAUCAUUCUAGGGAUGCAAGGCCUUGCUUGCAGGAUAAGCCUGAGGCCUUUGAUUAGCACUGGGCAGGAGUGGACAAAGACCCUUCAGUGGAAGCUGUGUGAUAGCUCAGGUAGGGUCUUAGGCCCAGGACAUGGAGAGUCUAGGCUAUUCUCAUCAACUUCAUCCCAAGCAAAGGAAAAGAAACCACCUCCAAGAAGAGCUAUCCUCUAUGUGCCAGGAAAUGAUGAAAGGAAGAUCAAGAAAGUUGCAUCUAUUGGUGCAGAUUGUAUUGUUCUAGACUGUGAAGAUGGGGUAGCUGCCAACAAGAAGGAUGCUGCUCAGGAGAUGAUCCAUGAAGUAUUGAAUACAGGCUUGCAUGGAUCCUUUGGGAGGUCAGAGUGUUGUGUCCGCACAAACUCAGUUGAUAGUGGAUUGUGUGAAGAGGACCUGAAGGCAGCUCUUACUGCUUCCCACCUUCCUCAUAGCCUCAUGCUGCCCAAGGUUAAUGAGGCUGAUGAACUCAAAUGGUAUGAUGACAGGGUAUCAAAAGCCCUUGCUGGAAGAGGAGAUUCAAAGAAGCAAAAACUACUGCCAUUGAUUUGGAUGGCUGAGUCAGCUAAAUCUGUGAUGGACUUGCCAGAGCUGGCUCACGUUGCAGAGAAUCUUUCCAGUCUGGAAUCUCAAUGCAUUGUGUUUGGCUCUGAUGACUUCUGUGCUGACAUUGGUGCCGUGAGGACCCAUGAUGCUUCAGAACUCCUUUAUGCUCGACAGCGUGUGGUUGUCAUCUGCAAGGCAUUCAGGCUGCAAGCUAUUGAUCUCGUGUAUAUUGACUAUAAAAACCUGGAGGGAUGUCGAAGGCAGUCAUUGGAGGGUGCAUCAAUGGGAUUUACAGGGAAGCAGGCCAUCCACCCAUCACAAAUCCCCAUCAUUCAUGAUGCUUUUUCACCUUCAGAAGACAAGAUCCAGUGGGCUACCAGACUCAUUCAGGAGUUUCAGCGGAAUCAGGAACUUGGAAAGGGAGCAUUUGUGUUUGACGGGAAGAUGAUCGACAUGCCCUUGCUCCUCCAGGCUAAGGGUAUUAUUCAUCUUGCAGAAGGCAUCAAGACAUGACUUGUUGUCCCAGUUCAUAUCAUCCCCCAAUGGAUGCUCUUCAUUAAAAAAAAUAUAGAAACCUGAACUGUGAAAAAUGGUGCUCAGUAUGCUUCCUGCAGAUUGAUGUAAUGUACAAGAAUAGACAGUGUGAUAUGGCAUAUUUUAAGUGCAAAUAAAUUUGCCCCAGACUCUCAUCUCUGGCUAAUGCCCACUUUCCACCAAUGAUGCACUCUGAUAUGGCUUUCAAACUUGUGUGUCCUUAUGAACUCUUGACCAGUUAAUACCAC